AUGAGCCUAUUUCCUGAACCUCGAAGUUCCUCAACCUCGGGUUCUACAAGUACCAUGCAACACCUAAGAAGUGCGACUACGGCAAUUAUCUCUUCUGGGGAGUCCUUUGCUCGAGAACAUACAACCGCACUAGCCUUUGGUAGUACGGGAUUUGCCCUCGCUACGGCACCUAUUGCUGGCCCUGCAAUAUUAGGUGCUGCCGGUUUUGGCGCUACAGGGCCUGUUGCGGCUUCAUUUGCUGCAGUAUGGCAAUCUUCAAUCGGGGCAGUUCAAGCUGGGAGUCUGUUUGCCACAUUACAAAGUGCUGCGAUGGGAGGUGCUGCUGCGGGAGCAUUUACAACAGCUUCGAAUAUUGGUAUCGCGAUGGUGGGAUCCGUGGCGAUCGGAACACAGUGGAAUUAUUACAAGGCAGUACCACGGAUGGGCUAUGAUGUCAAAAGUACUGGUAAAGCUGGAUACUGUGAUAGCGAUCAGCCAGAUGAUGGAUUUGAUCACAGGGCAAGUAACCCACAGUCUUGUGAUAAAAUUAAUUGUUUGGAAAAGGAAUGGGCAAAAUUGCUUCAGAUAGACCUAUCUUGA